AGUAACAUUUUUUGUGUGUUCGUAACUUUCCGGCUGCAAUACUACAUAUUUUCUAGUUAAAAAUGGAAGAGGAUCCUCUGGUUAACAUUGAGGUUUCCCAGAAGAAGCCAUGUGGCGGGAUCCAACCCCCUCCCGUUUACCAGAAGCUGAUGGUGGAUAACCUGACCAUCAUACGACCGCCCAUCCUGAAGAUCUACUACUGGGAGAGCUUCGAUAUCACGGGCCUGAAUAGAAAGCUGCGCUCGAAUCGCCUGGAACACGAGCACACCUUCUCGGUGCCCAUUCGCCAGAUACACAGCCACCCCCUGAAGAUGGUCUUCUGGCUGCGCAACCUCUCCUCGAAGAACGCCACGCUGACCCUGAAGCGGCUCCAGAACUGCCAAUGCCAGCCGGUGAAGACCCAAGUCGGUUUCAACCAGUUCCGCCAGCUAUUCCACUGCCCUCACCGCCGACUGGUCCACAUCAACCAGGAGAUCCUUGCCAUCAAACCGGAUGAGGUGGUGGCCCUCACAGUCACGGCCUUCUUUUUCCUCUACGGCGAACACUUGCUCACCUACGAAGUUCAGACCGAGGACAAGCGCAAGUUUCUCUGGCACUUUCACCUGGAGAUCUCCUCCUUCGACCCCGAAAAGUGUCUGCUCACCAAGGAGCUGCUGCCAGUGAACAUAAAAAACUAUUACCACGUGACACAGCCGUUGUGGGUGCAGAAUAUCACCAUGUCCCACUUGUCCUUCUCGUUCGCCUCCAGGGAUCGGGGCCUAAAGCUGCUCAAUAUGAAUCUCACCGUUCCUCGGCAGAGUGUGUGGCCCCUACUGGUGGACUAUCGACCCCUGGACUACGAAAAUGAGGCAGAAAUUGUUAUGUCCUUUGACAAUGUCAAGGCUCGCUACAAGGUCAAGGCUCGGGGAGUCCUGACAGACGAAAAGGAGGAGACGGAUAUGCCUUUAAAGGAGCGCGAAUGCGUUGACUUUCUCAAUGUAAUCUAUCCCAAUAGGUUGAGUUUCGAGGUCUGCCUGCGAGAAGAUCGGACACAGCUGGUCAAUGUCCACAACUACGGACAAAAGUGCAAGGAGUUUCGCUGGCAGAGCUACAUUAUAAACGACUUCUUCUCCGUUGUGUUUAAUCCACCCAUUUUCCGGCUGAAAGGCCACCACUCGAAGCUGUGCGAGAUCAAGGUGACGGUGUUCGAGCGACUGGUGCACUUCCGGCGCAUUCCCAUCGUGAUGGAGGUGCACCGCAUCCUCGACCGCGCCACCCUCAUCGCCAAGCAGGAACUGGAGGAGAUCGAGUCCAUCGAUGACCCCAAGUGGAAGGAGGACAGCUACUUGGAGCACGUCUAUCUGCACCUGAACAUUCGCAGCACCGUAAAGCCCUCGCUGGAUAGCGCUGAGGACUCGGAGCCCGGAGAUAGAAUCGAUCCCACGGCUGGUCCUGAACCCUGUGCCCAAUUUGGUCCUGGAGAAGGCGGGGCAUCGGGAGACGGUCCCGCGGGCCCACCGCCACCCACCGAGGAGCAGCGAAAGGAGGCCGAGCGCAAGGAGCUGAUCAGUCGGCUGGUGGCCAAGAACAAACUCAACUCCAACGAGGUCAUCGAACUGAGCAUGGCCAUCGACCAGCGGAUCACCAUUUUCGAGAAGCUCUUCUGGAAGUAUCUCAGUAAGUCCCGGUUCAUGCGCAUCAACGCGGAACGCAAGCGGCAGAAGGCGGUGAAGACCUACGAACAGGUAAUCGCCCCGAAUGACACCAUUCCACCGGAGACGACCACGGAAAUUGAUCGAAACCACAUUAUAGACAUAUUAUCCCGUCUGAUGCAGGAGGCCAUCAAUGACUUGGCCAAGAACUGGAUCUUCAUCCCCUCGCAAUACUACGAACGCAACCAUUAACUGUUCCUGCCGUUAACCAAAUGCAUUGCCCCACCAACGAUUCGCCUGCAAUCGGUAUCCUUGGUUUUUCUGGUCGGUCGACGGGUUGCCUACCAUUUCGGGUUGUCUACGCCGCGAAAUUUAUGUAAGAUUUCGCACGAGUUGAGAGCCAACGCCUUUGCUUUCCGCUGCGAACAUUCUGCCCAAUUUAUGUGUCUGCAUGCAGCCUUUUAGGGUUUUCCACGCAGACAGGGGGCGUGGCAGGGGGCGGGGGGUACUAGUAAUGGUCAGACAAUUUAACGCAAGUAUUUAUUUUCGGCGCUCGCUUGCAGUUUGUGUGGGAAGUUUUCCAAAUGUUCGCCUACCUAUUUCUUGAAUAGCCUCUAUUCAUAAGGUGUUUGUACUUUGGUAGUUAUUAAGAUCUUUUAAAAUUAACUCUUAGGCUAGCAAAAGUGUUUAGAUUAAAAAAUUUAUAUUGAA